CCAGGACAGAGAAUUACUGAUCAUGGUAAGCAUAAAUUCAGUGGUUUUCAGUUUGUUUUGAAAGACUGCCAUGCAGAUGAAGGCUUGUGCCAAGUUUUAGCCUAGUUAUAAUGCCAUUUAUUACUUCCUCACAAUCACUCCACCUCCACAUCUUUCUCACCUGAGUGUCUACCAAAUAUUAGCAAUCUGACUCACCAUGAAUGAAGUCGUUUCCUGAGAAAAAGAGCUGAUGCAUUCAUAGUUCAGGAGAAACUAGUUCAGAUAUACUCUUUCUCCAUUGCAGAAAUGCCACAGGUUUGGCUUAUUUUCAUUUCUCUUCUGAACAGAGUUGGCUCCUUGGAAAUAUGCACCCGUAAGGAUCACCUGGUGGAAAAUUUCCAUCAAUCAUGAGGUUUAUCAUUGCCCAUAGGAAACUAACAUUUGCCACAUGACAAGGGUGAUACUAGCAUAGAGCAGGAUGUUGAGGAUGUAGAAUCAGUUCUUGGGAGUAGGGACAAGUUAAUUUAGGGUGCAGGAGGGGUCAGCUUUUUAAAUAGUUUGCCUCUGCAUCUUGCUUUGUGACCCUACAUUGUUGAGGCAGGGUGCAAGGAUGUCACCCACCACAAGCUACAAACUCUAUAUAAGAAAACCAGCUCUUUUAAGUGUUGCAAUGAUAGGGCCAAAAGAGCAAAGGGUUAGAAAACUAAAUGAGAGGGCUGUAACUCCCCAAACCCUGCUCCCUAAGGUUUACUUCUGACCAUGGAAUUAUGUGACAAAACUCCUGAGAGAGGCUGAGAAAACAGUUUAUUUUCUCCUAACCCUGUCUUUUCUGUAGAAACCUCUUAGAAAGCAUGAUUCCUGCAGUUUGUGUUCUAGCCCUGACAGUGGUGCUUCCAAAGUGUGUUAUUUUGUAUGCAGUUGCUUUUACAAAAAAUAGGCAACUUUUAUUAAUUGCUGGGAGAGCUACACCUGUGCAAUGCCCAAGCAUGUGUGCUCAUGCAUGCACACAAAGAGAUCAUUUCUCACCUCUGCAGAUGACUGAAUACAAGAUCAGCUCCAGGCUCCCACGUGAUGAUGUAUCUUGAUCUCACAUUACCCGGAAUUUUAGUAUUUUUCACCACGCUUCUGUGACCGAGACUUUGCAGUCGUGGCCACAGCCCUCAAGGCCUCUCCUACUGCACCAAAGCCACAAGGUCGGAAGCCGAGCAGCAGCUCAGCAGGAACCUUCUGGUAAAAAAAGCAGGGAGACCAGUGAACUGGUUUGGUUUUCAACUGCAGGACUGUCAUCUUUCUAAGCAGAUUGCUCCAAAGCAAAAAAAACCACAGUCAAGUGAGGAAGAGGGCACUUUCCAGACACCUCAGUAACAACCAAAGUUAAAGCUUAAUGAAUUGCCAUACCUUGGCCUGUUUUCUCAUGGUGCCUAAUAAUAGCUAUCAGCAGCACUGCUGUAUUGCCAAAUCCUGAGUGUUUUCAUUCCUUGUGACAAGCUGUUGAGAGGAACUUUACAUCUCUGCUGAACUCUGGCCAAAGGUACUUUGCUCUGUUUGUCCCUUUUACUGUCCUGCUUCCAAUCUGCCCCUCCUCUGGCUUUCUAUAACAUUGAAAUGUCCAUACUGUCCCAUCAGGAAGAGUGCAAGAUGAAAGAAGAAAAACUGGCAGCAGCCCUAGUUGAACAGAAUGGGGAACUGGCUGCUGUGGCACAUUUAGCUGCGUGAGGGGAGCAGCAGCUGUUUUGUUCUUUUUUUGCUCUUAGCCAGAAUGUUCUCUAUAAAACUGACCAUCUGUGCUUGAGACCUAAGAUUCUAUAUUCUGAAUGCAGAGAGGCAAUUGUCAUAGCAAGAGUUGUUACAGUGCAGCCUGUGAGUCACACCCUGUCUUUGGUAGAGGGAUUUACUCUGCCAGACCUGCCCCAGUCCAUGGAGCGUGGCAGGAGUCCUAGGGAGCUCCUGUCCCAGUGAGCAGCAGUGAGAGAUCCUUUAGUGAUGGAUCAGCCAUUUCCUUCUUCCUGCCUCUACCCAAUUGUAAAGAGCAGGGCAUUUAUAACAGUGUUUGUCUUCUACAGGGCUACCAGGUUGGUGACUAAUACAUAGCACUGGGAUUUUCCUACUUGGUGCUGUUUCCCCAGCUCUUAGAAAUGGGGAAAUUUGCUAUAAGCUGAAGGGUUUGAGGUUGACUGCUUCUCCCCAGCUCAGCUACUGCUGGUUUCACUUGCAAUGAGCCACCCACACAGCAACAAGAAUUAUAAUGAGGUGAGAAAGCACUGGACUGCAUUCUGGGGGUAGAAUUUCCGUGCCUGGGUCAGCCUUAUAACCAGUCCCCAGUUCUUAUUUUGAUGCCCUAGAGAGUUUCUGUGAGAACCAGGUGUUCUUUGGCUAUGGCUAGCCAUGGAGCCAGUGCCUGUGGUAAGUAGCCAGCUGAUGUCUGGAGGGGCUGGCUUGUACUGUGCUGCAAGUGCUGGGCAGUGCACAUGUCUGGCAGGCUCUGGGCUUGAAGGUUGUGCAGGGCAGUUCACUGCUGGGUGGUCUUCCCCCUCCACUGUGUGGCUGAGGUGCUUCAGAAACACACAGCAUGGUCCUCCACAACAUGAGGGGAGGCAGUGAAAUGCCUUGUUUCCUCCACUCCAGCAGGCAUUAGGAUACACAGUUUGGCAUGUGCUGACUAUUUCAUGGCCUCAUUCUGAGCUGUGCUGGGCCCCUGCAACAGACACUCUUGAUCAGAAGCAUUAGGAAAUCUUCCCACUUCUGGUGAAGCUGCCUUUGCUGUUCCUAAAACUUAAAAACUUCUGGCUCUGCUCCUGUAUUGGGUUUGUGUAGCAAGAUUUUAUAGUGGAGAGGGGCUACAAGGGUGGCUUUUUUGAGAAGCCACUCCCUUCCUGCCUUUUCUCCUAAAGACACAGUGCAUUGCUGCCAGUGACAUGAGAAGCCACUGAAUGUGUUAGAAUUGCAUGUUCUGUGGUUUACAGAUGCAGCUGGCCACCCCUGUGCACCUUGCUGUGUGAGCCCUUAGCUUUGCUUUGCACAUGCUGCCACAGCCAGAGAUUGAAGACAGCUGGUGUGGUUUUCACCCUGACUGCCAAGGGCUGCUCCAUUGCUGCACCAGCCCUGAGUGUGGCAGAGCUGCAGCCAGGCAGCAUAGGUGGGACGUGCUGAUUUUUGACAGCUGUGGUAAAAUAGAGCUCCAUGAGAUGCAGAUGAGGAUCUUGCCAUAAAUAGCUGUGUGCCAGCAGUAGAGUUCUGCUCUUGGUGCAUCCCCACUUGCAGAGAUCUGGGGACAAGCUGAUAGAUGUUGCCUCUAAGGGGGUCAGUUUCUGCCAACCUUCAUGAAAGGAGCAGAGAGUUCUGCCAGCUCAGGUGAGCACUGUGGGAAUGCAUGACAGUCUUGCUGACCUCGUGCAGAGAUGCUCUGGGCACGCUCUGCAUGGUGCAGCUGCGGAUGUUUGGUUUGAGCCUGAGCAGAGCUGUAGGUUUCUGUUCCAGAUGGUCAGGGUGAGUUUACAAGCACAGUCAUUCCUGCUUCUCUUUACCAGUAUGUGUCUGGUGAUUUCCUAAGAGAAGACACAAGCCUCUGUGCAAUCUCCUCCAUGUGAGCAGGACGUACAUAGCCACAUCUCUGUGAAGGACAUCCAGUGAGAACCACUAUGAGGAACAAACGAUGGCUCCAGAAUAUUUUCUUCUGCCUUUUAUUCCAGUACACUCUGUGUUGUGGAGGCCUCACUUGUUUUGUGGACUAUGUACAGACCCUGUCCUGCAUCCUGCAAGAUGAGCUGGCCGCUGGCUCCUACGCUCUCACUGCAACAUGGGCUCCUGAGGAAGAUCCAGAAAAUCCUGUGGCUGCCUGCAGUCUCCUGCAAUUGUCAAGGAACACCAGUCAUACACAAUACAUGUGCACUGUGGACAUGACUGAAUUCCUGGCAGAUACCAAAGUCCAGGUGGAUGUUACAGAGACAGCUGAUAGGCAGCACGUGCUUUCCAAAGGCUUUUAUUUGUCAGAAAAUAUAAAACCACAGCCUCCAUUCAACCUGACCGCUUUCUUCUCAGAGGGUUACAAUAUUUCUUGGGAAACCAUCUACCAGAACUCUUCCUUCGACUUUUUGAAUGAGGAGUUGGAAUAUCAGCUGCGUUACAAAAGAAGAAGUGACACCUGGGAGGCUCAGAAGACUAAAGCUGUUCAUGAAGAUAAACGGACAUUGUUGAUCCUGCCAUGGGAACUACAGGCCAACACUGAGUACGAGUUCCAAGUGAGAGCUAGACCCCGGGAAGGCAGCAGCUAUGGUGGUUUUUGGAGUGAAUGGAGUUCUCCGCUGCCAUUGAAAACCAGCCCUGCCGCAGAGACACAGACCGGAGGCAUGGAAUGGCUGUUACUGUUUGGUAUUGUUGUGGCAAUCAUGGCCUCAAUCACGACAUUUCUGGCCAAACAGCAGAGCUUGUGGAAGAAGAUGGCUUGCAUCCCAGACCCUGCUCCAUUUUUCAAACCACUUUACAUGGCUCAUAAUGGAGAUUUUAAGAAGUGGGUUGGUGCAUCCCAUAUGAAAAUGGCCUUUGAUUUCUUUGAAUGGGGAAUAGUCCUUCCAGAAGUCUUAGAAGUUUACACCAUGCAUCCUUCCAACAGCACGCCACAGGAAGAGCUGCAUGAGCUGAGAAAAAAUCAGCCUUGCAAGCCCUGUGUGUCCUGUGUGGCUGCCCCAGGUCAGGGUAGCCAGUCCCUGUGGUGUAGUGCAAACAGCAGUGGUGGGACUGAGGACCAGUCCUAUGGGCACUUGUCAAUCGAUACAGUGACUGUGGCUGAUGAAUUUACACCUUGUGACUGCCAAUGCAGCUGUAAUAACCACGUGUACAGGGAACAUGAGCAUACCAACAAGGAAGAUGAUAGUGCUGGAGAGCCUGGUUACCCCAAGGUUAACAUUGAUGAGGAAGACAGAAGGAUAUGCAGUGACUUGCAUUUGGCUGAUCUGAGUGCACAGGACAAAAUUCUUGCUUCAGGCUCUGUGUCCACAGACCACCUGAGGAGCACAAGUGUCCCAGUCAACCAGCAAGGAGAAAGGGGAGUGGAAGGAGGGGCAGGGAGCAUCCUAGAAGCCCUUUGCUUGCAGCCUUAUCAGUGGGAUUUGGAAAAUCCAGGUUCUCUACCUUCUCCUGAUGGUGAAAGUGUUUCUUACAGUGAAGGCUCCUAUGACUUCUUCCCCCACAAUAUAAGGCCUGGUGACAGUUGUCCUUUGAUUUUUGUAGAUUUGGACACUAUUGACAGUGGCUUUGUGGACUCAGACUGUGGAAGUCCAGUUGACUCUGAAUUUGGGCAAAACAGUCAGACCAUUUGUGGGCCCAUCCCUCUUGAGCAGGAGGGGCAAGACUUUCCACGGAGCUACGUCAAGCAGUGGAUCUCCUGUCGCUCUGAGAGCCCUGUCAGUGGGACACAGACAAACUAAGGACUUUGAUGUUGCCUGGAUGAGUGUGGGGCCUUUUCCAUAGUGUGCCAGGAGCAAAGUGUUAGCAAAAUUCAGAAGAGAAACGAAGUUGGCUUUGUGUAAGCUCUCUUGCAUAAACUGACACCUGUUAGGUCCACAGAAAUAUGCCUGUUUCUAUUCCCACUUAUCCUAUUAAUGUCCCAAAUUUGUUGUGCUUGAUUGUUCCUGAACUUUUUGGGGUUUUGGAUUAUUUUAGAAUCAUAAAUCAACCCUCCCUUGAUGUCAGAAAAAAACAACUGUGCCUUGAAAAUUAUCCUUUGGCUUCUGUAGAUAUGCAAAAUUUUUGCAGUAACCUUACAAAGAGUACUGAACUUUAAGUUAUUUUCCCUGGUAUUCUCACAUGACUUGAGAGUUUGGCUGUACACAGAACUUUGGAAUCAUAACCCAUGGCAAGCAUGUUUGCUACAUAAAAGUUCCCCUAAUCCUUGCAAACAACGUGUGAUGUUACUUUUCCUCCUAAUAGCUUUGGCUCUUUAAACUCAGCUGUACUGGUUUGUUAAUUACAGAGGGUUCCAGACCUGUCCAUGGGGAACAAAACUAAUUCUUAUGUAAUAAUCACAGAGAUGUGUGUACAAGAGGCUAAGCACAACUCAGGUUUCAGAAAGACUUUCCAGGUGGAGUCUGCAAAUGAAAAGUCUUCAAAAUACACGUAAUUCUAAACAAACUGUCACUACUAGGCUCUUCUAUCGAGUCAGACUCUCUCUCUGCACUUUUCAAACAUAUUAAUUGAGCAGCUUUUAGAAUGUUUGUCAUAAUUAUCAAAAUGUUGUCCUACCUGGAUAUACCUGCCACUUCUGCCUUGGACUUGGUCUGCUGCAGUUAACAGGUCAGUAGCACAAAUUUUGAGAAAUUUCUGCUAGCUAAUAAAGCCAAAUAUGAAACUGCACUAUAA